AGAAAAUCCUUUCGCAUACGACUUUUACGAGAACAGGCUUCUUUUUGUCCUUCACUGGGGAAAUGGAGGACGAAUUAGAGUGUCUGCCCUACCACCUGUGUGGUAUGCAGGGGACAGUCUUCUGCCUAGACGCCAUGUCCUACAAUGAGAAGAAGGUUCUCCUCAGACUCUUUGUGGAGCUGAAGGCCCAGGGCUCCAUCAACAAUGUAGUGACCAUGGAGGAUGUCACCGAGAGAUUUCUCAUGCACGAGAGGGAGAGCAUCAUGCGGUCGUUUCCUGCAUUUAGGGACGGCAACGAUCCUCUCUACCUGAUCUGGGACAUCAAUGCCCACCUGAGGAUGCAGACGAUGCUGCACGAGGUCAGGAGUGAGGUGUUGGCCAGCGCCAUCACAGGCCUUUCGUGCGCCUCUUCUGCAUCUGGCAGUGCACUGGGUGUCCCAGAGAGGGACUCCAUGGGUCACCUGCAGAUGCCCACUCUUCGGAGAGUUCUCCGUGACAUCGAGCUGGACCUCCAGGACCGGCCAUGCACCCGUGUCUCCUCCCGUGCGGAGGUUCUGACGGACAUGGUCUGCCAUCUGCUGGCGAUGAUGCAUGACCCCAGCCUCCCUGACGCUGUCGAGCUGCCGCACCUGGCCAUCAACAUCAUCCAGGCGGUGCUGCGCAACUUGUCUUGCAUCCUCCCUAGAAUCAUCACGCACGCCAUGUGGUCCCAUCCAGCGACAGUGCGGAUGGCCCAGUCGGCAUUGCGCCAGCUGAGGAAGAUUGUGCCACGUGCCUUUCAGCUGGGAGAGCUGCUGGCGCAAGGUGACGAGAGGCUGGUGUCUGCUGCUGUGGAUGUGGUCACCAGAAAAGUUGGGAGGCUUUUCUGGGAGGCCUAUCCACCCACGAUCAUGGCAGCCAGUGCUGGUGGGAGUGUGGCUGGGGAGAAGCACGUGGUUUCAUCUGAGAUGAUCUGCAUUGUGGUGUCUCUCGUGCUGACCCAGCUGAGAACAGAAAAGGACGCUGUGUUCCUCUUUGAUCCCAGCAGCUGGCCACUGCUCGACCUGAUCGCCAACCAGCUGGCCCAACAUGGGGUGAAGGUGACGAAGGAGCGGAAGAAGGUCACCCGCUGGCUCAGUGCUGGAGAGAUGUCUGUGGUGGUCGACUUCACCUGCCAAGGUCUACUGGCGUUACACCCCGGAGCGGAAUCUCUCCUGGACGCCCUGGCCGACAAGACCAGGAUGGUGUCCAGAUACGUCAGCCAGCUUGUGUCUGGACUCAUUGCUGGGUUUGUUGCCUACUCUCCUGCUCCCUUCCCUACACCACCACCGCCUCCUCCCGGGUUCUCCCUCCCUCCCUUGGCCCCUGGUCUUCCUCCUCCAUUUGAGGGCCCACGUGCACCAACUCCUCCUACCUUACACUACCCUCAUCCACCACCAAGGGAAGUGAGGCCACCACCAGGGUUUUCCACACCUCCCCCAGGCUCACCUGCUCAGGCUCCCUUGUCAACUCCAGGGUCUGCUGCUCUGCCCCCAGCCUCUCUGGCUCCCUUCCCCCCUCCUAGUUCUGCUUCUCUGCCACCCUUCUGGACUCUAGACUCUACUGCUCUGGCUCCUGCUUCUACGUCUGCUCCUGCUCCCUUCCUGACCUCACUGCCUACAGACUCGCCUGCUCCGGCUGUCUACCUCAGGCCAGGCUCUCCUGCUACCAUCCCGAUCGUACUGCAUGCUCCUGGAUGCUCCCCAGUGUCUGUGUCCACAGCCCUUUCUCCUCCAGCCUCACAGCCACCUCCUGAGUUGACUUCAUCACCUACAACCUCUCCUGCUCCUGUUCCAUGUCUGGCUCCCUCCUCAGCUGCACAGCUAGCUGAUCUCCUGAAAGAAGUGAAGCCUCCUCCUGGGUUCUCCACACCUCCCCCAGGCUCUGCAGUCCCUGCUCUCUCCUCUCCUGUACCAGCUGUCUUCUUGACUCCAGGCCCUGCUGCUCCGGUUACCGCUCUGACUGUGACUCUGGACUCUGCUGCACUGGCUCCCGUCGCAACUCCAGGUUCACCUGCACCGGCUCAUUUCCUGACUCCAAGCUCUGCAACUCCCUCCCCACCUGCACCUGCACCGGCUCCAAGCUCUGCUGCUCCCUCCCCACCUGCACCGGCUCCAAGCUCUGCUGCUCCCUCCCCACCUGCACCGGCUCCAAGCUCUGCUGCUCCCUCCCCACCUGCACCGGCUCCAAGCUCUGCUGCUCCCUCCCCAGCUGGAGGCUCUCCUGCUCCUGCUGUUGCUCCUGCUCCUGGCUCUCCUUGUCCGGCAGAGGGAAGGUUGACCAUCAAGACCAGGGUCAGAAAAGGCCUGCAGAGGAUGUGGGAGACUCUGGCAUGCUGUGUCAGAUCCCCCGAUGACUGA